AUGUUUAGACGAAUAUUCCAAACACAUUCAAAUGCCACAAAGACAUUUUCCAUUUUCAAAUGGUCGAAAUCGCCACAUAUUACUUCCCCACGUUUCACCAACUUUUUUCAAAACACUAGCCACCGCCGGGGAUAUGCGUCAUAUCGUCGAUUUGGUGACCAAAACUCCAAUGGUUUCAACACAUCGUCACCCCUUACACAGUAUUACAUCCAACUCCUUACCAGUCGUAAGGCACUCUAUAUUGGGGGAGGACUCAUUGCAUUUUAUAUAUAUAACCUUCAUGAGACACCCUAUACGCAUCGUCGCCGGUUUAUAUGGAUCCCCUUUUGGAUUGAACAGAAAAUAGGCGAUUACUCUUAUAGACAGAUUAUGGCACAAUAUGGACUGAUGAUUUUGCCCCAUCUGAAUCCAUUGUAUGCACGUAUUGGAGGGAUAAUGAAUAAACUAUUGGCAACAGCAAUUGAGAAUGACGAAAACUUGAAGCAAAGACAACACUUGCAACAAUUGCACUGGGAAAUCAACAUUAUCCAAAAUGAUCAAUUACCACCAAAUGCAUUCAUCUUGCCCAAUGGUAAAAUAUUUAUCUUUUCCUCAAUCUUACCCAUAUGCCAAAACGAUGAUGGAAUUGCCACGGUGUUGUCACACGAGUUAUCGCACCAAUUGGCACAACAUUCAAGCGAACAAUUGAGCUCACAACCAUUUUACAUGGCAUUGCUGACCAUCUUAUACUCUCUUACUGGUAUCAGUUGGUUCAACGAUAUGUUGAUAAAUGGCUUACUCACGAUGCCUGCAUCUAGAGAGAUGGAGACAGAAGCCGACCAUAUUGGGUGUGAGAUUUUGGCCAAAAGUUGCUUUAACCCAAGACAAGCGGUAAAGUUUUGGGAAAGGAUGGGCAAUAUGGAACAGAAAUUGAUGCAACUGAGUAGAGGCAUUGGAAGCGGAGGUUUGGUUGGAGAAUGGUUCUCUUCGCACCCUGCAACAAGCAAAAGAAUACAUGAUAUUGAAACGUGGAUGCCACAAUUAGUCGAGAUUAGAGAAAGUUCCGAGUGUUAUGAGUAUGGCAAAUUCCACAACUUUAACAGCAACUUUUUUGGUAAACAACUUUAA